AUGAACUCAACCAAAAUUCACAUCCUAGAAAUUAAAAAUCAAAAUCAAAUCCCAGCAGUGGCUCGCUCAACAUCGACGUCGAGGACCUUGGCACUUCCUCCUACUACUCCAUCACCGUUGCGUCUCCUCCUCGCCGCCAACACCAAAACUCGCGGACUUAUCGCAUGCAGCACCGGCGUCGGCAUUGCGACCUUAGCCAACAAGUUCCCCGAAGUCUGCGCGGCCGCGUGUCUCUCCCCAUCCGACGCCCUCGACGCCCAGCUCCAACGUCCUCCUGUCUCCGGCAUGUCCACGGAGCCGGAAUCCGCCAUCGAGAUCGUCGACACGUGGCUCAACGCUCCCUUCAAAGUGCCCAGUCCUGCGUCGAAGUCGAAACCUUGGCCGGAAAUUGGAGCUGAUUCUGAUUUGAAGGAGAGCUCUUGUUCCAUCUGCUGUUUGGUGAAGAAUCGAAAUUUGAAUCCGAUUGAUAUAAUUUCGGGUCAUUCAAUGAAGAUACUGAGUUCUUUAUCAAGUGGGAUGGGAAAUGGGAUAUGUUAUUUGAUGAAGAUCUCAAGGCUGCGAACAAGGCUAUUGAUCAAGAAAUUGGAGAAUGGGGGUAAGUGA